AUGGAAGAUUAUGAGAUAACUGUGCCUUUUCAAUCCCUUCAAGCUCUAGGAUGCCAUGUUGACGGAGUUUGCCCCAAGAAAAAAGCUGGUGAUAUCUACACAACUGCUGUCCAUGAUUUUGAAGCUGAUUUUGAUACUAUUGAUGUCUCAAGUUACGAUGCUCUUGUAAUCCCUGGAGGUCAAGCUCCAGAAUAUGAUGAGAAAGUUAUUGAAAUGGUGAAGCAAAUCGUGGAAGCUGGGAAACCAGUUGCAUCCAUCUGCCAUGGGCAGCAGAUUUUAGCUGCUGCUGGUGUUCUGCAGGUGGAGUAUAGUGUAUCGUCAGACUUAAAGAAAUCACCUGAAGAACAAAGAACAUACAGGGUCGAGAGCAUUGGGCUCAAAGCCAUAAGCAGCUGCCAAAGAGUAAAAGUACAGACUUUGACACUUGUUCAAAUCUGA